UGCAGUCGGAGCGGUAGAAAGUGCUUCCGGGUAACUGCUUGUGGUACGUGCAUAUUCUAGCGAUCGCUGAGGAAAACUUUCGGUUGGCUAAAAAGAAAAGUGUCAAGCUGCCCAGUGGGAAAGAAAAUCCUGCAUGUGAAAAGCGGUCUUGAACCGGGACAGUAAACCCGCUUUCGAUUUGAGAAUUGCCACCGAAAGUCUGAUUGAAAGAUAACAUAGACGAGAAUGUCUUCGGAUCGGUUUCACAAAGCCGCCAAAGAUGGGCUGUUGGAUGUGUUGGCUGCAGCCACCCGUAAGGACACGAAUGCCAAGGACAGUGAUUCCAUGACGCCGGUCAUGUGGGCUGCAUUCGAAGGACGUCUUGAUGCACUGCGUCUGCUGUGCGGAAGGGGUGGUGACCCCGACAAAUGCGAUCAGUUUGGGAACACAGCUCUACACUUGGCCUCCGCCAAGGGUCAUCUGCAUUGCGUCGAUUUUUUGGUUAAAUUUGGAGUCAACAUCUAUGCUUUGGACAUCGACAAGCAUAGUGCCAAGGAUCUGGCAGCUAUUAAUGGCAGGGAUGAAAUCCUACGCUAUUUGGACGUGGCAUUCACAAACUUCGAGGCAAAUGAUAAAAAGAAGUCCAAGGCUUUAAAGGAACUAGCCGAGAAAAACUGCGAGAAACGUGUGCGGGAGUACAUGAAGCGUCAGCAACAGCGCCAGGACCUCGAUUACUCCGAGCUCAGUCCACCGACUGGCACCAGCAAGUCCAGCAACAUGCUCUCCACUCUCAAACAGAAGAUCUGGUCCAGCCAGGGCAAUCUGAACAAGCCGCCGAGGGAUCCGCCCCCUCAGCCUGGGCCCACAAAGUUCAGCGAUUUGGUCGGCAGCGGUAGCAGUAGCAGCGGAGGCUCCACGAUAGCCAGUCGAGCGGGAACGGUGCAAAAGAGACCAUCGCAGGUGCAGAAGCAUCACAGCAGCACGUGUCCGCACUCGAAGAAUUCCGGUGACUCAGACGGAGGUUUCAAGGUGCGCGAACUGGAGCCGGAUGGCAAGCGGACAAUUACCUCGCUGACGGGUCUGCAGAGGGACUCCGAGGUGAUGUAUGUGGGCACUUUUAGUUCCAACGAGGAGAGCAUCGGCAAGCGCGGCAAGAUCAGCGAUGUUUUCGAGUGCCUGGAAGGCGAUGAAACGGAUCACAAUGAUAACCGCAGUGGCUACAGCUCGGCAUUGGCGCGAUCCUUCUCCCAGCCAGACAUUCUGGGCGAUGGUCAGCUAGCCCAGGAGUUGAGCGAGGAAGUGACCCUGCAAAGACCCGUUGGACUCUUCGACAGACCCACCAUGUUGGGCAGCAUAGCCUUCCGACGUUCGGUGACUGCCGCCUUAAGUCAGCUACAACUGCACACGGACACUAGUGCCACGUCCACAAUGCGAAAUGCGGGCCAACCGAAACCACGAGUUGGUGGAAAGGGUCGCCUCUAUUUGAACCUCUCGGAUGAUACGGACUCCGAGGGUGGCGGUCAAGAUAUUUAUAGCGAUGAUGACGAUGACGAUCGGGAGGCAGCCGGUAGUGCCUUGCAGCGAUUCCUGGCCGUAUGGGCGCUGGAAGAGUACCUGCCAGUAUUUCAGAAGCAAGAGAUCGACCUGGAGACUUUGAUGCUGCUCACGGAGUCGGACCUCAAGUCGCUGUGUCUGCCGCUGGGUCCAUUCCGUAAGCUCACCUUCGCCAUCCAGGAGAGACGCAAUGCCUUGGCCAACCCGGGUCCAUUGGUAGACAGUCGACUGUAG